AGUUCGAUUUAGAUGGGGUUUGUGGUAAAUGAGAUUGUGUUUAAUAUAUUUUAUACAAUAUGCAUGUUCUAAAACUAUCGCGUGUUAGCUCCCUUUUAAUAACAAUUUUUUCUAUUAUUGAAAUAAUUUAUGGUUUUAGAGAUCCGUAUGAAACAUUAGACGUAAAAUCGUCAGCAACUAUACAGGAAAUUAAGCAAGCUUACAAGAAGCUUGCAAAGCAGUGGCACCCAGACAAGAACAGAGAGUCAGGUGCAGAAUCCAAAUUUAUUGAGAUCAACAAGGCAUAUCAACUGCUCAUGGAUCCUCAAAGAAAAGAGCAGUUCGAUCGGCAUGGAACUGUUGAAGACAGUCCAAACUUUAGACAGCAACCUGACUAUAGUGGAUUUAGAAGAUUUGAAUUUGAUCCUUUUGACUCCUUUUUUAAUCAUGGAGGAUUUAAGUUUCAGUUUUCUUUUAAUCAAGGAUCAGUUUAUCAUAAAUACACAAUCACUUCAAGGACAUAUGAAAACCACAUAAUUCCAGGAAGUGUGAGAAAACCAUAUCUGAUCCUCUUCUAUAGUGAUCUUUGUUUACCUUGUAUUCAUGUUGAACCUGUCUGGCAAAAGGUAGCAUCAGAACUAGAACCAAUAGGGCUUGGCCUAGGAACUGUUCAUGUGCAGAAAGAACCAGCCCUCACUAAGAAGAUUGGAGUGAACUCACUGCCAUAUCUCAUAGGGGUUAUUGAUGGUAGACCUAUUCACUACAAAGAUAAUCAGCUAAGCCUUCUGCGAAUCAUUGAGUUCACUCGUAAACUGUUCCCCUACAAAACAAUAGUAAAUGUGAAUGAUGAUUCCGUGGAGGAGUUUUUAAAUGGAUGGCCUAACAAUAAAGUCAAUGCACUAAUCUUUAGUCAAGUGGAGCCUCCUCGUCUUCGUUAUCUGCUGUUGGCCUUUCAGUAUAACACACGUGCUUCCUUUGGACUAGUAAAGCUUGGUAAUUCAAAGACGCACGAGACUUGUAGACGUUAUGGAGUAAACAAGAAGAUGGAAUCUUUGUUGAUAUUCAACGAGAUUACGACAUCCCCCGUGGCAACUCUUAGCAUGGGGGAACUGGCUCCUCAAACAAUGCGGGAUGUGCUAGAGGCUAACAAGUUUCUUCUUCUCCCUCGUUUGUCUUCACAGCUGCUUUUUGAUCAACUCUGUCCUCCAGAGGCAGCCAGAUCUAGGAAACGAUUGUGUGUUAUUCUCAUCACUAGGAAUACCCAAGCUCACGACCCAUAUCGAGCUGUGAUGAGAGAGUUUAUUCAACAGAGUAACUGUCCAAAAGAGAAAGUCAGGUUUAUGUUCAUUUUUAAAGAGAAGCAGACAGAGUUUGUUAACGCUUUGUCAUCUGGAGAAGGUGCACCAGUAGAACCAGAUCUUCAUGUUGUAAUGUUAUGGCGACAAGAGUUUGACAAAGUACGCUACCAGUGGCUCGACACUGCAUGGUCUGUGGAGCCCAACUCAGUGAACAGUACCAUGCGAGAGCUAGAAGAUAUUCUACAACAGCUUGUACAAACAACCGAGUCCCUGCCCUAUCAGGCUAAAGUUGUUGCUCUUACUGAUGAACAUGAAAGAGGGUUUUUGGGUCGCAUUUUAAACAGACUUAUCAUCAUGGGUGAAAUACUCCGAGAUAACAUCAGUCAUCAAGAAGUUCUACCAGCCAUCUCCGUCAUUUUGACUGUUGCUUUUAUCGUCAUCAUGGGCUAUGUCAUGUCUUAUCUUGUUAAUCUAGAAGAACAGAACAUACAAGAAAAAUAUCGUCAAGAAGGAAAGCAGCCACCUAAUGGUCGUGGUAAAUUAAGGGAAGAGCACAAACUGAACAUACACGAGUUGAGAGGUGAGACAUACAAUGGGUUGGUAAGGUUGCUGAAACCAGGUUUUAGGACAAUUGUACUUAUAUUGGACAGUGAAUCCAAGGACAAGCUGUUGCCCAAGUUCUACAAAAUUGUCUACCCUUAUAGAAAGAACAAAACCUUGAUGUUUGCUUUUCUGAUGGUGGAAAAGAACUUGGAGUGGUACCAUCAAAUUUUAAUUCAAACUUUAGGAGAUCCUAGAAAACUCAACAUCAACCCUAAGAACUGCAUUGGUACCGUUUUGUCACUGAAUGGAUACCGCAAGUAUUUUUGUGUGUAUCAUGCCAAGCAUGCCGAGCCACGAAUGGAUCAUUGUGAUUACAAGGAAUCCAAAACAAUAGAUGGUAUCAAUGGAAAUUUUAUAGGAUUUGAAGAGAGCUGUAGUGAGUCGGAGAGUAGUGACAUUGAAACAGGAGAGCUCUUAAACAGAAGUAAUGGCAGAUUGAAGUCAGAUAAUGUGCUUUUUGAAGAACAUCUACUCGACCGGUUAUCAAACUGGUUGGAUCGACUAUUUGAAGGAACCACUCAGCGGUACUACAUUCAAUAUUGGCCAGUAAACAUGAAGUAGAAAUUUGUAGAGCGUAAUCUACUUCUAAGACAAAAUGCUCAUAUUCUGGUGUUUUCAUAAGAUUUUACAUGGGAAUAAAACCAUGUAAACUUAUGUUUCCAGAAUUGCUGCUACCCAUAUGAUAUAUUGUAUUAUGAUUGUGAAGUUUUAAAUUAAGCUACUUUGCUAUCUUGUUAUACCAAAUGGAUGACUAGUCUGUCUAAUUUGUCUCUUCUGUAACACACCAGGUGCUGUGUGAGGUUUUGUGCAAUAAAACUUCUCACCCAUUUUAGAAUCAACACCAACCAAGAGCAAGUCAUCGUAAAUUCCAUGUUUUUGUUGUUGCUAUUUUCAUAUGUCAUUUUUAAUAGUUAAUGUUGUAUCCUAAGUUAUAAAUUACUUCAUAAUUGAUGAGAUCAGUAGUGAAAUACCCUUGCCAAUAGGUGAUUUGAAAAGAAAAGAAGCCCUUACAAAAGAAAUUUAAGCACUUGAUAGCAUUUACAUCUCAGGAUUUUUUUUGACAGCUUCUUGGAUAACAAGGUUUCACUGUAGUUCUUGUUUCCCUAAAGUAUUGCAAAGAAAUAUUGGAUAGCAUGUUUUCAGUAGCAUUUUCUUUAAAAUAUCUGUAGUAAUCAUGAACUUUUAGAAUGAAAUAUGCAAGAGAUGUGUGAAUGCAUGUUGUACGAUUAUGAAAUCUAGUCCCUUUUAGUAAGCUGUUGGAUUUUUCAACUGCAUUUUCUUCAUAAUGAAACAUCUAUAGAAAAAUUAUGAAUUGAAAUGAAAUCUAGGUGUUAGUGAAAAAAAUAACUGAAAUGCUUGUUAUGUCCGAACCAUGAUGGUACUUAUUCUCCUAAUACUUCUAAGAUGCCCCAAAUUACAGGGCUUGUAAUAUGAACCUCAACUUUCUUUGUUACCCAAGUCUUUAUAGUAGUUUUAAUAAAUUUUCUUCAUUGUUGUUAUAUCCAAUAAGUGGUAGAAAAUUAUAAAAAUUACAAAAAUAGAAAAAUCACUGCUGAGUUAGUAUAUAAAAAAUAUUAUAACCUUUGAAAAGUAUGCUGUUUACAAGACCCACAAAGAUGGACAGUAUUUUAUAGAAUGGCCCUUCUUCUACUUUAAGGCAUUGUUGUUGAGAUUAGAUUAAAUUUUUUUCAUCCAAUCAAAAUAUAUAACACUAUUUUUGUUUUUAUGAGCUGUUACAACUUCAUACCAGAUGAAUGGCUAUUGUCCAAAAUGUUGUCUAAUAAAUUAUAUUGGAUAGUAAUUUAUCUUGUCUCUUUCUGAAAACAUUUUGUAUUAAUUGUCAUUCAGGCAGAAUUUCAAAUAAUUUGAUUUAUAUAAAAAGUAUUUUAUUAAUAACAUUAUCCAUUAUUUUAAGAGUUACUAUCUUACAAGUUCUCAAAACUUAACUGUAGAAUUUUAAAAAAUUCAUAGAAAGUUGGAUAUUUUCUAUUUUAAUUGUAUGGUAAAUAAUGUAUUCUGAAGCAAAAUAAUAUAUAUGUACGUAUUAUGCUGAAUAAUAUAUACACAUAUGUACGUAUUAUGCCGAGUUUUACUAAAUGUCAAAAUAUGUUUGAAUUCAUUGUUAGUUGAUAGAUAAUAUGUAAUACUUUUAAUUGCUGUACAAUAUUCAUUGGUGAGUUGGAAAAUAAAUUACCAUUAAUGUAAUUUUACAUUAAUAAUUGUUACAGAUUUCAACCUGAUUUUGCAAUUGAGUAAUAAUUAUAAAAUAAAGAUGUCAGUUUUGAUGUGUUUAAAAUCUUUAUGUUAGUGACUUCUACACUGUAUUGGAUUCAGUCUAUUUUGUUCACUCUUCUUUUAUUUAAGAAUAUUACGUGAAAACUAUUUAAAUACCUUGUUUUAAACUGGCACCAUAUUGUGUUGUACAUUUUUACCAUGUAUUUAUGUUCAUAUGAAUUAUAUUUAUUCGUAAGCAUCCACAGGUAUUUAAGUAAAUGUUUUCAGCGUAUAUGUGAUUUUGAACUUUAGUUACUUUUCAUUUUGUGUGCUUUUUCCCAUUAUUACAGUACAUGUAACUUUCCAGAAAACAAACUUGUUUGAUUUAAUACCUGGAUGACUGUUUAAAGUUUUAAAUUGCAACUAGCAUAGUGUUGAUUUGCUUUAAAAGUGGAUUGGAAAAACAUGACUGAAUUUUAUGCACUAUUCAGUUUGAUAUCUACUCUUACAGAAUUGCUUGUUUGAAAUCUUAAAUUUCUAUACAUCAAACACCAGAAUGUCUAAUUAAUAGUAACUUUAUUGUUAAACAAUUCAUUUGUAUUGUUUCAGAAAUUUUCAAUAAUUAUUUUGAUCUAAAAUAAAAUUGUAACUGCUGUAAAUUGAUUUAUGUGAUUAUAAAUUUUCAGAAUUUUACUAAUUGGCUAUUAUGUGUAUAUAAUAGAGAAAGGAAAAUAAGUGCAUAAAUAAUACAGUAAUAAAUGGUUUUCUUGACACUGUAAAAUUUAGUUUAAAUAUUGAAAAGUUUCUUUGAACAGAGUAAGUUACAGAUACAACUUACUAUCAUACAAGUGUGUACUGUUUUACAAAACUAUUUUCAGUGUUAGUUUUUACGUCACACUCUUUAAGCAACAGUUAUUUAUUGUAAACAUACUACUAGACUUACAGUACAACUUUUUAUAAUGAGGUAUAAAAAGAAAUCAUUGAAUUACAUAUUUAAUGUUUUAAUUAUCAUUGUAAAUACAAGCUGGUGUAUAAACUUUUUUAAAGUUUUGAUUUUAAUUAUAACACACAUGUGAAAUUCUUUGAAGAUUCAAAAGUGUGAAUUCACUUUAUGGCAUCAUUUUAUAAAGACUGUUUAUGUAUAGUUAACACCAAAAUCAGUAGUUUCUAUGUAGUACGUAGGACAUUUGUGGAAACAAAAAUGUUAUGUAACUGAAACUGGAUUAAUGAACUUUUAGAGUACUUCUCAUUUCCCCACAUUUGUCCGUUGAUUGUUGAAAAAGUAAAUUUUUUUUGAAAUUUGA